UUGAAUGUUACUAAAACUGAAUAUAGAAUGUAAAUAUGACAUUUGAGAAAAAUAUGUUGUGACUAAUCGUAAUUGGGAACGUUAAUUUACAAAUGUUGAUUUUUGUGGAAAACUGCAUCAUUCUCAUUUAUAUAAACUAAAAAUGAUAUGAACGUACGAAAUAUGGAUACUACGAGCGAUGUAACUUUGGAUUUAUCGAGGCGUGGGCUCAAGAAAAUAGAGAAAGCGCCUUCCGAGGAUUCAAAGACGAUUAUAAACUUGAUUCUUGACCAAAAUGAACUACAACGUUUGGACAAUCUUGAUAGCUAUAACCGCGUCGAAAAUCUGUCAAUAUGCAAUAAUUUUCUGGUCCGAAUGCAUGGUGUGUCUCGGUUAACAAACAUCAGGGUUCUUUCUUUAAACAACAAUGGAAUCUUGCAAAUUGAAGGACUAAAGGAUAUGAUCUAUCUAAAAGUUUUAAAGUUGGCUGGUAAUAAUAUAAAAUCUAUUGAACAUUUAAACCACAACAUACACCUGGAACAUUUGGAUUUAUCGAAUAAUCAAAUAUCAUUUAUUGCGGAUAUUUCAUACUUAAAGAAUUUAAAGCAUCUCAGUCUGGAACGCAACAGAAUAAUGGACCUACGCCAGUGUGACCGAUACUUACCCUCACACCUGACUCACUUGGGGCUCGCACACAAUAACAUCCCUGAUUUGAAUGAAGUGUCUUAUUUGGUGCAUUUGAACCAAUUAGAUAGCUUCACAAUUCAAGGGAACCCUUGUGUGGCUAUGGCAGGGAAAGACAAGCUAGGUUUUGAUUAUCGUCCGUUUGUUCUAAACUGGAUUAUGAGUGUCAAAUCGAUUGAUGGAUUCCUUGUCAGCGCGAUUGAAAGCCUGAAAGCCGAGUGGCUGUACAGCCAAGGCAAAGGGCGGCACUUCCACGCGGGUCAACACCGCGAAGUCUGCGAAUACCUCGCUUCAACUUGCCCUCUCACUGCGGACGCACUUGAAACGGAGGACCAAAGGAAACUCAGGCUUAUACUUAGCAAGGCACAGCAUCAUCAACAACAAUUGAAAGAUCAAAAUCAUAGUCCAGUCAAGUCGAAACUGCAGUCACCAAGAAUGCAAGCCCGCAUGUCGGGCCGCGCGCUGGGCCGCUCGCCCGACCGGCUGUCGUGCAGCUACCACGGCGGCGUGCCGCGCGCCGCCAGCCCCGCGCCGCCCGCCGCCAUGUCGCUCUCCUGCUCCGGCGACCUGCCCGCCCCCCACUCCGUACCGCACGCGGUGCCGCACGCCGCGCCGCACGCGGUGCCGCACGCGGUACCGCACGCCGUACCGCACACGGUACCGCACUCCGCGCCGCACACUCCGCCGCUGCAUACUCGCGAGCGACAAUCUGUUCCAGAACAAGCAAAAGUGACGAACCAAUCACUAGAAGCAGCUUCCAAGAUGGUGCCAGUACCAGAGUCACUGAUGAGUCCAGAUUACCAAGACCCCAUCUACGAUAUACAGCGAACGAUACCAAAGGCCAAUUCCAUCUCUAACACUUCCUCACAGUCCAGCAAUAGCAGCCUGCAUGAAGAAAAAUCUAAGAAAAAUUUGAGAGGCUCGCCCAGGUUGAGUAAAAGUGCGACCUCAUCGCCGAAACUGAAAACUAAAAUGGAUCAACGGAACGGUAAGCAAGAUACCAAAGAAAAACUGAACGGGAUGACGCAGGACAAGGACAAAAUAGACCCGGACAAAUUGGAAAUAAUAAAACUUGCGUCUAACCAGCGAAGGCAGAAGAAAAUGAGCGUUGAGAAUAUGGCAGCCGUUACUAUACAGAAAAUGUGGCGCGGUUACCGCAGUCGGAAUUUGAACAAGGACACCAUGAGGAUCCUACACGCUAUUCAGGCCGCUAGAGCGAGACAGCAUAUACAACGGUUGACAUGUGACAUGGAGGCAACAAAAGCGGCGCUGGAGAGCGAACGGAAGAUCCAACAGCUGCAGAUGCAGGCCAUCAACGCGCUGUGGAAGAAGGUCUCUACGCUGCAGACACCCGAAAUGCAAAAGCAGAAGAUGCCAGAUAUAGAGGACAAUACUGAAGUGUUGAGGCAGCUCACUGAAACUUGCUUCAAUUUACAGACGCAGGAGGAGAGAGUGAGUUGGUUGCGGCGGCCGCAGUCUCUCGCUCUGCCCUCUUCGCCGAGAGAAAACACGGACAAAACCGAAGUGGAAACUUUAGAAAUAGAGAGAACGGAAUCGGUUAUAGAGGAACAAGAGCAAAGCAUACCCGCGAAUGAGCAAGAGUUACUCGCUGAAUGA